CUCCUCGCUUCCCUUUCCGUGUCGCCCUAAAAGACCAGACUACCCCGCUGCCCCGAAGUCAGAGCCUCAGAGGGGGGAGAGGAGGCUAGUAGGGAUAGCGCAUCGUCAUCGCACCUCCACGCGCCGGCGAGCCAGACCACCAGAGGCAGCGAUGGCGGUGGCGGAGCUGUGGGAGACACUGAAGCAGUCGAUCGUUGCAUACACGGGGCUGUCGCCGGCGGCCUUUUUCACGGCCGUGGCGGUGGCGGCCGCUCUGUACCAUGUCGUGUCGGGGCUCUUCGCAGCCCCGCCCCCGCCGCCGCCGCGCCCGCGGGAGGAGCCCGAGGCGGAGCCGCUCCCGCCCCCCGUGCAGAUGGGGGAGGUCUCAGAGGAGGAGCUCAGCCAGUACGACGGCUCCGACCCUAAGAAGCCGCUCCUCAUGGCCAUCAAGGGCCAGAUCUACGACGUCACCCAGAGCAGAAUGUUCUAUGGACCUGGUGGACCAUACGCCCUAUUCGCCGGCAAAGACGCCAGCAGAGCCCUAGCGAAGAUGUCCUUCGAGCCACAGGAUCUGACCGGCGACAUCACUGGCCUAGGCCCGUUUGAGCUCGAUGCCCUGCAGGACUGGGAAUACAAGUUCAUGAGCAAGUACGUGAAGGUGGGUACUGUCACGAAGAACGUCACCGUUGAAGACCGCAGCAGCGCCGCAAGCACAGCCCCUGGAACCAGUGAGGCCGCCACCGAGGCCGAGAAGGCGCCGACUACGACGACGACCGAAGAGAAGCCGAGGGAAGUGCCAGCGGAGGCUGUGAAGGAGAAGGAAGCCGCCGCUGCCGCCGCCGCGGCUGGUGAAGGUGCCCAGGAAAACUAGAGCAUUUUUCAGUAUGCAGCAAUAAUUCGACAUGGUCCCAUUCGGUUCGUGUCGGGGCCCUCUCGUAUAUCGUAUCAGCAGCGUGGCCUGUGUAAUUGGAUAUACGUCAUCUGUACGAGCGCCAUGGCCCUUGAGGAGCUGGUGCUUUGUGUUGUUAUUAGUCGUCCGUUGCAGAUUUUAAAGACAUCGGGUUCAGGUUGGGCGCCCCUGGCCCUGUUUGGUCGGAAAACAGGCGCUCUUUCAAAA